AUGGCGGCUCAAGCGGUAGACACAGAUGCGAUCCUUCGAUCCCUCACACUAGAUGAGAAGAUUUCUCUCCUGGCUGGCGCCAACUUCUGGGAAACAGUCGGCAUCCCUUCCAAGGGCGUCCCGUCCAUCAAGACAACAGAUGGGCCCAACGGGUGUCGCGGGGCAGACAUCGACGGCGGGACCAAGGCAGCCUGCUUCCCGGCAGCCAGCAACGUGGCCGCCACCUUCGACCCCGACCUCGCACGACGGAUCGGAGCCGCACUCGCCCAGGAAGCGCGCACCAAGGGGGCGCGCGUGCUGCUGGGGCCGACAGUGUGCUGCCACCGGCAUCCGCUGGGCGGGCGCAACUUCGAGAGCUUCAGCGAGGACCCGCUGCUGACGGGCACGCUCGCGACGGCGCUCAUCAAAGGUCUGCAGGAGGAUGGAGGCGUGGCGGCGUGCAUCAAACACUUUGUGGCCAACGAGCAGGAGACGGCGCGCAUGAGCGUCGACGAGACCAUUGGGGAACGGGCGCUGCGCGAGAUCUAUCUCCGGCCGUUUGAGAUGGCCGUGCGCGAGGCCGCGCCCUGGAGUCUCAUGACGGCCUACAACUUGGUCAACGGCGUGCACUGUGAUAGCCACGACUGGCUGCUGCGCGACGUGCUGCGCGGCGAGUGGGGCUGGGACGGCGCUGUGAUCAGCGACUGGGGCGGCACCAACUCGGUUGCGGGCUCCAUCAACGCCGGGCUCGACUUGGAGAUGCCCGGCCCGGCGGGGGUACGGACGCUCCAGACGGUGCGCGCGGCGCUGGAGGCCGGCGAGGUGACCGAGGAGACCAUCACCGAGCGGGCCGCGGCUCUCCUAAAAUUGAUCCACCGCGUGGGCGGCCUCGAGGGGACGUCUCCAGCCGGGGAGAAGGCCGUGGACCGACCGGAACAUCGCGCGCUUAUCCGCGAGGUCGGCGCCCGCGGCAUGGUGCUGCUCAAGAACGAGGGCGAUUUGCUGCCCCUGACAAAGGAGAAGGUCAAGGGCAAGAAGAUCGCGCUCAUCGGCCUGGCCAAGGAUGCCCUAGCGCACGGCGGCGGCAGCGCGAGUGUCAACGCGCACUAUAAGGUUUCGCCCUGGGACGGGCUCCAUGCCGCGCUCGGCGACAGCGCCGAGUUUGUGUACGCCAAGGGCGCCCACCGACAGCGACUCUUGCCCCCGCUGUCCAAAGACAGCACCGCCGCGGGGUCCGUCACGGGGCUGGACGGCCAGCCGGGCUUCACGCGCCUGCUGUACGAGGCGGGCGCCAACCCGGAGCCCUCCUCCACGCUGCACGGCUACCCUUCCUCGGCGUACUCCCCGCUCGGGUCGCAGGAGUCGCUCAACCGAGUCGUCGAGCUGGUCGGCGACUUCACCCCCACGGAAUCCGGGGCGCACUACAUGGCCUGCUCCGGCAUCGGCGCGACGACCGUCUUCGUCGACGACACCAUCGUCUUCCGGCAGACUCGCAACAGCGCCGACCCGAUGGGCGCGCUCUUCAUGGCCGCGUCCGAGGACCUGUUCCGGCACGACUUUGCCGCCGGGCGCGCGCACCGUAUCCGCGUGCGCACCGAGCCGCCCACCGACGUGGGCAUGCGCAUCCUGGAGGGCCGCAGCGGCGCGCGGCUGGGCUUCCGGCUUGCGUCCGAGCACGACGCCGACCUGCGCGGCGAGGCCGAGCGCGUGGCGCGCGAGGCCGAUCUCGCCAUCGUCUUCACGGGCCACGACCCGCAGUGGGAGAGCGAGGGCCGCGACCAGGACUCGUUCGCCCUGCCCAACGGGCAGAACGAGCUGGUGGCCGCGGUGGCGCGCGCCAACCCCCACACGGUCGUGGUCAACGCCACGGGCGUCGCCGUGGCCAUGCCGUGGCUGGCCGACGUCCGCGCCGUCGUGCAGGCCUGGUUCGCGGGGCAGGAGUGCGGCAACGCCGUCACCGACGUCCUCACCGGCGCCGUCAACCCGGAGGGCCAUCUGCCUGUCAGCUUCCCACGCCGGAUUGAGGACGCCCCCGCGCACGGGAACUUCCCGGGAGAGUAUGACGUUGAUGGCGGCGGCCCGCUCAGGGUCACCUAUGCCGAGGGCGUGUUUGUGGGGUAUCGCCAUUAUGACCGUCUGUCGCGGGAGGAUGUGGUCAACUUUGCCUUUGGCCACGGUUUGUCGUACACCUCGUUCCAGCUGGGGGGCUUGCGUGUCGAACCAAGUGGUGGCACGGGGGGCGACGAGUUUGUGGUUACGGCCCAGGUCACCAAUACGGGAGCUCUACCUGGCGGCGUCGCUGUUCAGGUGUACGUGGGCAGUGCUGCGAAGCCUUUGGAACAUCCAGUCAAGACACUUGUGGCAUAUCAGAAGGCUCGUUUGCAGCCUGGCGAGGCGCAGAGCGUCCGUCUUGUUGUCAAGGGCCGGGAUAUGGCCCACUUUGAUGAGAAGGCACGCGCCUGGGUCUUGGAGGCUGGUACUUACCAUUUCUCGGUGGGAUUCUCGUCUGUGGAUAUCAAAGAGAAGGCGGCGGUCACGAUAGAGCAGCAGAGGGUAUACCCCUUGAAAUGGAGGGGUUAG